GCUGCUUUUCCUCGACCUCCUGCUCUAACUCGUUAAUGAGAGGCUGCCUGCUGCUCUGAGCUUGGAUCGAACGGUGCUAAUCACGCAAAGAAUGCCGUCUUUUCAGUCACAAAUUGCACAACGGUCCACUGGGUUGCUUUUAAUUGCCUUGAUUAUCCGCCAAGCUUGUCUCUUCAAGAUUCUCCUAGGUUUCGGGGUCGAUAAGGCAUCGGCUCAAGAGACCAAUGUGACUUGUCCCCAUAGCUUUCAGUGGGCUUUCAAUUCCCAAGGAAAAUCUCCUUGCAAAGUUGGCUCGGAACUUAUUGCAGUGGGUGUUGGAGGAAGAUGGUUCGUUCCAACGCUCCCUCCCGGAUGGGUAUACGUCGUGCCGAAUAGUUCGGAGGGUUACUUCCCAAACGCUUGCCUGUGUUCCUCCGUGGUAUACCAGCUGAUGGCAGCAUGUGGAGCAUGUCAGAACCUCUCCUACACGUGGUAUCCCCUCUGGGACCGUUAUUGCGCUAGCAUUGCGAUUGCAGAGGGCGAAUACCGACCAUCGCUGAUACCUGCCGGAACCCUUAUACCUCAAUGGGCCUACAUCAAGCCCUCCGACUUUGAUGGAUUGUCAGUUCGCUACUUCCGAUCGGAAUUCAUACCCUGAUAGCUCGCUUUGCCCGUGAUCCCUAGCUUCAACUUGGAUGCAGCGAAGACAAUUGGUGGUGCGUUUCCAUUCUUGAAAUCCUUAUCGUGUAUUCGCGGGAUGGUUUGACUAUUAGAUGCGCCCGAAAGCUCUCGAGUGUUUUCACUCAGUAGCACCGCAUCAAGCACGUCCAGCACAAGCAAUACAUUAACUUCCAUUACCAUAACCUCCA